ACAAAACUAGCCGAGUUCAGAGCUUUUGGUUUAGUUGAGUGUAAGAGCUGGGCGAGCACAUAUCUAAUUUACGGAAUAGCAAACAUUGACAGACCCAUUUACACCAUGAAGCUAUACGCCGUAUCCGAUGGCCCACCAUCUCUGGCCGUACGCAUGGCCCUGAAGGCUUUAAACAUUCAGUAUCAGCUUAUCAAUGUGGACUUUUGUGCGCUGGAGCAUCGCACUGAGGACUAUGCCAAGAUGAAUCCACAAAAGGAAAUACCUGUGCUAGACGAUGAUGGCUUUCAUUUGUCUGAAAGCGUAGCAAUUAUGCAAUAUCUGUGCAAUAAAUAUGCGCCACUCUCAACUCUUUAUCCAGAGGACCCGGUCGAACGUGCAUUGGUUAACCAACGCCUGUGCUUCAAUAUGGGCUUCUACUAUCCACCUAUUAUGAUGCACAGCAUGGCACCCAUAUUCUUUGAUUACGAGCGCACGCCUAUGACGUUGAAGAAAGUAGAAAAUGGACUCGACGUAUUCGAAACAUACUUGCAGCGUAUGGGCACCAAAUAUGCAGCAGGCGAGAAUGUAACCAUUGCGGAUUUUGCAUUAGUAGCGUCUACGCUUUGCCUGGAAGCUAUCGAUUUCGAUUUAACGCCCUAUUCGCAAGUGAAGAAAUGGUAUGCUAGCUUCAAGGAAGAAUAUCCAGAACUGUGGCAGAUUGCUGAGAGCGGCAUGAAGGAAAUAAAUGCCUUUGAGCACAAUCCGCCAGAUUUGUCGCAGAUGGAACAUCCAUUCCAUCCCACGCGCAAAUUAAAGGCCUAGUGCUUUGUCUAUUUUAUUUUAAGUCACCUUAUUAUUCUGAUUUUUAUUCUACAAAUAAAUAAAGUUAAACUCACCUAAA